CCCACACCAACAACCAAAAUGGAAGAGGGAAAAAACGCGCAGUCGACCAAGCCAAAAGACUCUCAAAACAAACAGCCAUCUGAAGAAAGGCAAAAGGAACCCAGUGGUGCAAAAAGCCAAACCUCAUCUUCUGUGACUACCACUUCUAAUCCAAAUAAUACAGGAAAAGUUGCUACAACUGCAGGUGACCAGCCUCCACAAGCAGCCUCUGCAGAGGCAGCAAAGCCUAAGUCUGAGAAGGUGUCCACAGUGGUUGGUGCUGCGGGUGCCCAGGCAGCCAGUGCAAGUGUGGGUGCUGCAGCUGAUCAGUCCAGUCCUGAGCCUGCUAUGGAUGAGUCGGCACUCGAUAGCCUAAUAGAUUCCCUGGGUGGACCUGAAGAAGAUGCUCCUGCCAGUCCUGUUUACACUGGCCCAGAAGUUAUGGAAGAUGUAUCUUCAAGAUACUUGGAAGAACUGGGUAUACGGGAAAGCAGUCUGCCUCCAGAGUAUGUCAAAUUGUUGAAGAGCAAAGGGGAUGGCAAAGAUGGAGUCCCACCAAAAGCAGAUGAACGAGAUGAAAAACCAAUGACAGAUGAUGAGCUUGCAGAGGCCCUGUCCUCUGACUUCAGCUGCACUGCUGCUGCCCAAGGAGAGAAGACAAGUCUGACAGAGAAACCAAGUAAGGAAGGAGAAAUUGUGCAAGCACAAGCAGCAAGUUCAGUCAAGGCCUCAGCUCCUCCUAAGGAGGAGAAGACAAAAUCAGAAGAGGCUAUUAAAGAUGAUGCAUUGGAUGCUCUUCUUGACACUCUUGGUGGACCUGAACCUGAACCUCCACAAGAUGUCACCCCUGUUGUAGAGGUGCCAGAGGUAAAAUCUAAAGAGAAAAAAGAAGAGAAGCUUGGGGAACGUGAUGAUACGAUACCUCCAGAUUACAGGUUAACACCAGAGCUGGAUAAACAUGGAAAACCAAUAUUGCCGAAGCCUGAAGAAAAACCUAAGCCUUUAAGUGAAUUGGAUCUUGUUGAUGAGUUUUCAAAAGACUUCUCCUGCCCCGCACAGCCUGCAGCACACCCCAAACCAGUGGAGCCCAGCAGCACAGCCAGAAAGCCUGUGGAUGCUGUGUCUGCAAGAGCUGGUAAGGACGAGGCCGUCCCUCGAGCCACGGCUUGCACGGUGCAGUCCUCAGCUCCAGCAGCUGUGUCCUCAGUUGGUCACGUGGCAGAUGAAGCACUGGAAGCCUUGUCCAGCAGCCUGGGAAAGAGGGAGCCUGAUCCAGAUGAAAGUAAACCUGCUGUGGACAAAGUGAAGGAGAAAAACAAAAAGGAACAACUCAAAAAACUGGGCGAAGAUGAAGAGACAAUUCCUCCAGAUUACAGAUUAACAGAAGCAAAAGAUAAAGAUGGAAAACCACUCUUACCAAAACCAGAAGAAAAAUCCCAGCUGAUGAGUGAAAAUGAUCUUCUGGAGGGUUUGACAGAAGGGUUUUCCUGCUCUCCAUCACCACCUGCACCAUUGCCUACACCAACUGUAAUAAAGACAACCAAGGAGAGCGGGAAGGCCGCGGGGUCCUCAGACGUCAUCUCUGCUGCUACAGCUUCUUCAGUGCACUCAGCAGCUCCUCCUGUUCCUGCCCUGGGAGGAAAAGAGAUGGAUGAAGCCUUGGAUCUCCUGUCUGACUCCCUGGGACAGAGGGAACCUGACCCUGAUGAGGGCAAGCCAGUUGUGGAUAAAGUAAAGGAAAAGGCUAAAUCUGAACACAGAGACAAACUUGGAGAAAGAGACGAUACCAUCCCACCUGAGUAUAAGAAACUUCUGGAGUCAGGUGCACAGGGUAAGCCAGUGAAGCCAGCAGCAAAGGAUGAUGUGAAACCCAAAGAACAAAAGGAGCCUACAGAUGACUCUGCAGCUAUUGAUGCCCUCUCAGGUGACUUUGAUACUUGUGCAAAGGCUCCUGCCACACCACAGCACUCAAAG